AUGGGAGGAGAACGCACCUGCAGUCCUGCAGUGGAGGCAACAUUCAAGUCCAGUAGAGAGGCGGGCAGCAUCGAUGUGGAGCGGUGGAUGGUGGAGAGGCUGCGAAAAAUGUUCGAUACCGAUGUCGUGGCGACAUACGAAGGCCUCGUCACCACCGAGUGCAGACGCACCACUCCUGGCGACGUCUGCUCCACCUGCUGCGAACUUUGCAUCUGCCCUCCCACCGUCGACGUUCCGCCAACCACCACUCCCACUGGUGACGGCGGCUGCAGAAAUGAGGAUGAGUUUCUUGCCGACAUAUCCCCUGCCUUAACCUCACGAAUUGCCUCCUGCUUCUCCUUACUUCCCACCUGUAAGACCAUUUACUCCAUUCUCACCUCUGCAUCCGCCAAUCCAUUCACCAAUCCCACCCAAACACGCGCAACAACCUCCUCCUCAUUCACGACCAAAUACAUGCAACUGUGA